GCGCGCUGAUUAGCGGCCGGUCCAUCUUAUCGCGAGCGCGCCUCCUACGUCGUCCCUUGUUGUCGACUCCGCCGCGUCCAGCCGUCGAUCGGGCAGCGUCGAGCGAAAGACGCCGACGACCUCUCCGCCGCGAAGUCCUUUGCCUCGUGACCGCGGCUACUCGUCGACGAUGCAUCGGUUACCCCGGAUUUCGGCGUCGUGCGCGCUGGACUUGCUGGCCCGACGACUCGGCGAGACGAACCGCCGUCUGCUGCAGCGGGCAAAGUCGUCGACGCCGGCGCUGGAUCGUCUGCUGACAAGUCAUGACGACUUCUGCAGCCGGCACGUGGGACCCAGGGCCAAGGACCAGAAGGUCAUGCUGGACUACCUGGGACUGAAGAACAUCGAAGAGCUGGUCGACAAGACGGUUCCAUCAGGCAUCCGACUCAACCGGGACAUGAAAUUGGACCCACCUCUCAGCGAGGAGGAGCUGAUGGAGCGGGCCCGCCAGCUGGCCUCCGAGAAUGCCCAGUGGCGCUCGUACAUCGGCAUGGGCUACUACGGCUGCCUGCCGCCGGCCACCAUCGUGCGCAACGUGUUCGAGAACCCCGGCUGGACGACGCAGUACACCCCGUACCAAGCCGAGAUCGCGCAGGGUCGCCUCGAGAACCUGCUCAACUACCAGACCAUGGUGGCCGACCUGACCGGUCUGGACCUGGCCAACGCCUCGCUGCUCGACGAAGGCACCGCCGCUGCCGAAGCCAUGGGAGUGUGCACUAGGUUCACGAAAAAGAAGACCAUGCUCGUCUCGGACAAGGUGCACCCUCAGACCCUCGCCGUGGUUCAGACGCGAGCAGAUGCCCUAGAUAUCAACGUGGUUGUGUCCGACUGCGCGAGCAUGGAUUUUUCCAAGGGCGACGUGUGCGGCGUCCUCUUCCAGUACCCGGACACCGAAGGGUCCAUCGAGAAUUUCGAGUCCCUCAUCCAGACCUGCCACGACGCGAAGGCACUGGCGGUGUGCGCCACAGACCUUCUGGCACUGACGGUAAUGCGUCCCCCCGGGGAGCUUGGCGCUGACAUCGCCAUCGGCACCAGCCAGCGUCUCGGGAUUCCCCUCAACUACGGCGGUCCGCACGCUGGCUUCUUCGCGGUGCGAAGCUCUCUCACCAGGCUCAUGCCCGGAAGGGUUGUCGGUGUCACUAGGGACGCGACGGGAGGUCGCGCUUACCGACUGGCCCUGCAGACUCGUGAGCAGCACAUCCGCCGAGACAAGGCGACGAGCAACAUCUGCACGGCGCAGGCGCUGCUGGCCAACAUGUCCGCCCUGUACGCCAUCUACCACGGACCACAGGGACUGCGGGACAUCGCCACCAGGGUGCACAACGCCACGUUGCUACUUGCCAGAGGAGCGGCCACGGCUGGUCAUCACGUGACCCACCCGAGGUUCUUCGAUACCCUGAAGAUCAAGCCGGCCACCUCCCAGGAGGCCAUCAAGAAACGGGCAACAGAGAAGGAAGUCAACUUCCGGUACUUCGCCGAUGGCACGGUUGGUGUUUCGUUGGACGAGACUGUGACGGAGAAGGACCUCGACGACCUGCUCUGGAUAUUUGAGAGUAAAAAAACCGCGGCCCUACUGGCCAGCGACUUGCCCGAGCAGCCACCGGACAGCCUGCUGCACAGUGAGCACAAAAGGACCUCCGAGUUCCUCACGCACCCUGUCUUCAACACGUAUCACUCUGAGACCCAAAUCGUGCGAUUUAUGAAGCAGCUUGAGAAUAAGGACAUCUCACUCGUCCAUUCGAUGAUCCCUUUGGGAUCUUGUACCAUGAAGCUCAACAGUACAGUCGAAAUGAUGCCGUGCUCGAUGCCUGGUUUCGCCAACAUCCACCCGUUUGUGCCACUGGAGCAAGCCAAGGGCUACCAACGGCUGUUCGAGGAGCUCGAGCACGACCUGUGCGAGAUCACCGGCUACGACAAGGUGUCUCUGCAGCCCAACAGUGGCGCGCAGGGAGAGUAUGCCGGCCUGAGGGCUAUCUCCUCCUACUUUGCCUCGAAAGGGGAGAAGCACAGGAAGGUGUGUCUGAUCCCGAUGUCUGCGCAUGGCACCAAUCCGGCGAGCGCGCACAUGGCCGGCAUGGCCGUGGAACCAGUGAACAUCAAGAAGGACGGCAGCGUGGACGUCGUCCAUCUCAAGGCCAAGCUCGACCAACAUGGUGAGAAGGUUGCCUGCAUCAUGAUCACCUACCCUUCAACCAACGGUAUCUACGAGGAGACCAUCUGUGAGGUGUGCGACCUGGUGCAUGCUACGGGAGCCCAGGUGUACCUGGACGGCGCCAACAUGAAUGCCCAGGUGGGAAUCUGCCGGCCAGGAGACUACGGCUCAGACGUGUCCCACCUGAACCUGCACAAGACAUUCUGCAUCCCUCACGGUGGAGGGGGACCCGGCAUGGGGCCCAUCGGAGUCAAAGCCCACUUGGCACCAUUCCUGCCCUCUCAUCCCGUGGUGGAUCCGUGGUCGUUGGGUGGUGGUGGCCAGAGCUCUUUCGGCGCCGUGUGCGCCGCCCCGUGGGGUUCGUCGGCCAUCCUGCCCAUUUCGUGGGCCUACAUCAAGAUGAUGGGCUCCCAGGGACUGAGGAGGGCCACAGAGGUGGCCAUGCUCAACGCCAACUACAUGCGAAAGCGGCUAGAGCCACACUACAAGGUGCUGUACAUCGGAAACAAUGGUUUUGUGGCGCACGAGUUCAUUCUGGACAUGAGAGACUUUAAGAAGGCCACCGGUGUCGAAGCCAUGGACAUCGCCAAGAGGCUACAAGACUACGGUUUCCACGCUCCGACGGUGUCCUUCCCCGUGAGCGGUUGCCUGAUGGUGGAGCCGACCGAAUCCGAAGACAAGCAGGAGCUCGACCGCUUCUGCGACGCCAUGAUCUCGAUUCGGCAAGAAAUCCAGGACAUCGAGAAUGGCAAGCUUAGCGUUAAAGCCAACCCCCUGAAGAAUGCGCCACAUCCCCAAAAGAUUGUCAUCAGUUCUACGUGGGACCUGCCUUACACCAGAGAGCAGGCUGCAUUCCCAGCGAAGUUCGUGACGCCAGAGACAAAAAUAUGGCCGACAGUGGGUCGGAUCGACGACAUCUACGGGGACACCAACCUCGUCUGCAGCUGUCCACCCAUGGAGACGUACGAGUCUUUAUAAGUCGCCGCCAAACACCAGACAGUCUGCAACCCCCCUUGGCGGCUUGUUCGCUUGCUUGCGUCGACGCUACGGUACCACACGCGACGUCAUCAUGCGUGACGCACCCAUGCGUCACCAAAAAUAAGUUUUUUCAACGCCUGGUGCGAGCUAUGAGAACCAUGUGAACCGCGAGGCCGUGGGCCCGCCCCCGCAUUGGGUGUGGGCGGGCCCACGCGGGAUACUCCCGCAGGGCGCAAUGCCCACGAAAGUGUUGGAACGCGUCAACGUUUACGCGUUUUGAGCGAAGGGGCUGACUGGACAUGACCACCACGUUGUUGGAGUUCGCGGACUCUAUGAGUAGACUGAUGUUCACUUGUGCUUGACCCUUUUUUUCCGCUGAGUGGUGUUAGUCGGUCUCACUUUUUUUUUUUUACUACCUAAGGUGCAACCGCUCCGUUGCGCCAUUCAGCAAGCUGACUGUUCGUGGAGGACUGCAUCUUUCUUUGCUCAGAACGUUGUAAUUUAAUUAUCAAAGCAGACAGUAAUUGUCAGAUUUGUUCGGGCUGGCGCAUAGAACCAACUAGAGACUGUCAAUACUUACCAGGUGUGCAAAUCUUGGAAUUGUACCGACAUAAUUUUUGUUUUAUGUAGAGAGAGCCAUAUCGCUCUGAGCAUUGUAAAAGUUCUCCCUCUUUUUCUUUUCACGUGGAUUCACUUCAUUUUGUCGCCGCAAUCAGAGUCGUGCCAAUCCAUCCUCACUAUUUUGUGUUCCUUCUUUGAAAGAACAUCUAAGCUCCAAUGUGUGGGCCUUAUCUGUAAAUUAUGUUGUUUCUUGUAUAAAUUAUCUGUGUGACGUCAAA